AUGUCCCGUUUGCGACGUGUCAAUCAGUGGUUAUUGUUUAUGAGGCAGUGGCAUCUUGUCGAUGCUACAAAUCAGGAUCCCUAUUUACUUGGACGCAAAAUAGCUAAGCACUUGUCGGGCAAGUACAAGCCAAUAUAUCACCCAGAAACUGAAUGUGGAGAUCACGUUGUUGUUAUCAACUGCAAGGAUGUAGCUAUGAAAGGUUUCGACUGGAAGCAUCGGUUGUAUUACUUCAACAAGGAAUAUCCGAAAGCUAGAGCAAUGAUCCCAGCCUGGCAAAUUCACGAAUACGAUCAAUGUCGAAUUGUGUCUUUAGCAGUAUAUAAAGAACUUGGUAGAAGCAUUAGGCGAAUGCAUCAUUUGGAACGCCUGCAUCUGUUUCCUGACGACAAGAUUCCUGAUAUUAUUCGGCGUAAUAUUGGUGCCCAGAUGGAGCAAGUACAGCCAGUACCAAAGCGCUCCGAUCAGUAUACGGCCGAAGAAAGAGCCAAAUUUCCACGACUCUUUCGCUUCCCUGAAAACCACUUUGUCGAGUGGGAAAAACCAGUGGGACUGUAUGAGAGGUACUUUGAACCUGGAAAAGAACCAAAGUAA